GCAUGAGCCGUUGCCAUCGUUCGAGAUUUUGGUUGGGCCGAAUGGUUCGAUCGCGAAGCUGAGGUGCUACCAUCAAGUGCUGUAUAUCCUGCCACAGAGACAUAUGUAGGCUUCUCUCUGUCAUUCACCGUCUACUCAAACUUCCCCACUGCUUCAUUCAACAUGGUUGCCCCUGAAACACCCAAGCACAUCCUGGAGAAGCAGGACCUCGAACGCGAUGCCGCCUUCAAAAGGGCUCUCCAUGGCAAGACGGCCGAGGAGCGCAAGGGCUUCCUGGCGAUGAUGGGCAAAGACCACAAAGCUCAAAAGGAAGCCGUCGACGAAUACUUCAAGCAUUGGGACAAUAAGCUCUCCGCCAACGAGACGGAAGAAACGCGCAAAGCCCGGCGAGACGAGUAUGCCACGCUCACGCGACACUACUACAACCUUGCCACCGACCUAUACGAGUAUGGAUGGGGAGGCAGCUUUCACUUCUGCCGCUUCAGUAAAGGCGAACCGUUCAGGCAAGCAAUUGCGAGGCAUGAGCAUUAUCUGGCGCUGAAGAUGAACCUGCAAGAAGGCAUGCGGGUGUUGGAUGUUGGCUGUGGAGUCGGCGGACCGGCACGAGAGAUUGUCAAAUUCACGGGCGCGAACAUCGUCGGUUUGAACAAUAACGACUACCAGAUUGAGCGGGCGACGAAUUACGCGAAGCGGGAAGGCUUGUCGGACAAGCUCUCCUUCACCAAGGGUGACUUCAUGCAGAUGCCAUAUCCGGACAACUCAUUCGACGCUGUCUACGCCAUUGAAGCUACCGUCCACGCACCGAGCCUCGAGGGUAUCUACAGCGAAAUCUUUCGCGUACUGAAACCUGGCGGCGUCUUCGGCGUAUACGAGUGGUUGAUGACCGAGAAAUACAACAACGACGAUCCACACCAACGCGAGAUCCGGCUAGGCAUUGAACAAGGCGACGGUAUCUCCAACAUGGAGAAAAUCGAUGUCGCGCUUAAGGCCGUGAAGGCCGCAGGUUUCGAGUUAGAGUUGAACGAGGACCUUGCGGACAGGCCCGAUGAGUAUCCGUGGUACUGGCCGCUGUCCGGAGAACUGAGGUAUAUGCAGAGCAUCUGGGACUUCCCUACACUGGUGCGGAUGACGCAUGUUGGGCGGGGGUUAGUGCAUAGGUUUGUGGGUGCGCUGGAGAUGGUUAGCUUGGCGCCGAGGGGCACGCAGAAGACGGCGGACUCGUUGGCGAAGGCCGCGGACGCUUUGGUGGCGGGUGGGAAGGAGAAGCUGUUCACGCCUAUGUAUUUGAUGGUGGCUAGGAAGCCAAAUGCUUAAUUUGUGCAAGCGUGGAGUUGCACGCGGC